AUGGAACUCCCACCAGAAAAGCUGCAAUCUCAAGAAGAAGCCGAAAAAUCGAUAUUCGAUGUUCUUCCCCAAGAAAUUCGAAGAAUAAUAAUUGAGGAAAUGGAUUUUUGGACAUUUCUCAACUUCUCGAAAUCUUCUCAAAAAUGUCGAGAUGAAGCAAAAAUGUUUGGAAAUGUUAUAAAAUCGAUGAGAAUUUAUGAUGGCAGAACAAAACAUGAUUUUUUUAUCGAAUUUUGUUUCAAAAAUGGUGUAAAAAUGAUGAUUCGAUUUGUAAAAGGCGAUCUACAUCGUCGUGUUUAUGAAAAAAACUCGAAAUUAGAUUCGUUGGCCUCUUUUUCUGUUUAUAGUUACAAAAAUUAUGCUGACAAUAAAACAUGGUUGGAAAUAGGUGAAAAUGACGAUGGUUUGAAGGUUAUGGCUGUUAGAUUGAUCAAUUUGAUAUUGAAAAGUUGCGCGACGAAUUCGCCAAUCGAAAUUUUUUGUGGAAUAGUGAGUUUGUGAAAUUUUUCACUCUGAAAAUCAAAAUUGAUUCAUUUCAGCCAGAUUUCCGAUACGAUCUAAUCAAUAUCAAACAUCUCAACAACAUCAAGAAUCUCGAAAUGUUAUUCAGCAAAGAAUUCGACUACGAUUUCAUCCCAAAAAAACAAUUGUUCAAAAUCAAAAGUUCGAUCAAUAUUGGUUUCAACGAAAUUCGUCAACUCAAAUCGAAUUUUGUACAUUUACCCGAAACCAAAAUGUCAAUUCAAGAAAUUAAUCAAUUUUUGAAAUUAUGGAAAAAUGGGAAAUUGCCAAAAAAUUUGAAAUUUUGGACAUUUGGAAUUUUGGAAGGCGAAGAUGAAGUUUUGGAUCAUGAAGGAAUUAAAAAAGGAUUGAAAGUGACAAAGUUUAGAAUUUGGGAUAAUGGUUUUUUGGAUAUGUAUUUUGAGAGUUCGAUUAAUUCGAAUAUGGAAACUAGGGUUAUUUAUACUAAAACAACAGUUAGUAUUUGUUUUGAUAUUCCGAAAUAA